AUGGAUGUGUACAAGUGCCGAUUUUUCCCCAGUGGAUUAGUGGUCCUGUCAGCCGGUAUGGAUAUGUCGGUCAAAGUGUGGUCAGUGGAGACGGGGCAAUGUCCACGAACAUUCAAAGGACAUACUAUGGCGGUUACUGAUAUCGCCAUUAUUGGGGUAGGACGUGAAGUACUGUCUUGUUCACAUGAUGGCUCGGUAAUCAAAUGGUUAUGCGCCGAUGGUUCACAGCAGGAACUAUGGAGACUGGAAGCCGGCCCAUGUAAUGCCCUCGCUAUUGAUCAAAAAUCGGAGAUAUUUGCGGUUGCGUGUGAAGGAAAGAAAUGUUUUGUAUGUUCGGUAGAAGGACCAAUUAAAACGACCAUUGUAACAGAAAAUAUUCCUUCGGCUGUUUGUAUUGAUAAUGACAUGGAGAACAUCAUCUAUGUCGGAGAUGAGGCAGGCAUGGUGUCUGUAUAUGAUACGAAGUUGAAAUCUUACAUUUAUCGUUUGCAAACUAACCGAGGCAGUGUGAUGAAAAUGAUGACAAGAGAUGAAGGCCUCUUCGUGGCGUUUAGUAAGUUAAAUUAGAU